AUGACACAGUUUUCCAGAAGAUUUUACCCGGUGGGUCUUCCUCAGGUGUUUUAUAUGGCUGAAUCUCCCUUCCGCCCUAUUGUUUUCUCAGUGAACACGUACAAUUUCAACCAGGCGUCUUACCUUGUUGGAAUACUUCAGCCGAUAUCCACCAAUCAACAUACAGUUAAAGACUCAUUUCGUUUUGCAGACUGGGCUAAAUCUUACAAACAUCGUAAUGGAAUAAUGGACUCUUUCGAUGUCUGUUCGUUGUUUACAAAUGUGCCACUCGAUGAAACAAUACAAAUUUGUCUAGGCAAGCUGUACGUCCUUCCUGAUUCCCCUGCAAUACCUGGUCCUGUUUUAAAGAAAUUGUUAGAGUUUGCCACAAAAAAAAGCCACUUUAUCCUCGAUGGUCAGUAUUACGACCUGAUUGAUGGUGUUGCCAUGGGCUCACCUUUAGGCCCCCUUUUGGUUAACAUUUUCAUGUGUGACUUUGAAGAAAAAUGGAUAACAUACACCCCCAGGUUUCACCCUACACUUUGGUUUAGAUAUGUUGAUGACACUUUUUCCAUGUUUGACAGCAAAGACACUGCUAAUGAGUUUUUGAAGUACCUCAACAGCAGUCACUCUCACACUCAAGAAAAGGGCAAUAGCAUCAAAUUCACCACUGAAUUUGAACAAGCCAAAGAGAUUCCGUUUUUGAACAUUCUUGUUAAACGCUGCCCAAACAACACUUUCAUCACAUCUGUUUACCGGGAGAAGACAUUUACUGGAUUCUAUACGAAAUGGGAUUCAUUUACACCACGCAAAUAA